CUUCGAAACAGAGGUUAUACGUGACCGCCGGCCGACCAAUGAGCGCGCGCGGCGGACGGCGGCGGCGGCCGAGGCAGCGGCGGCGGCGGCGCGCGGCAGUGUGCCGCUGGACCGCGUGGUGGGCGCCGCUCGCGCGUUGCGUGGACGUUGAGAGCGCGUGACGCGAAGUUCGGUUUGUGUUACGGACUGAUCGAAGUUGCGAUUUGCGACUGUUCCUGAACUGAGCAGAGGAAGCCGAUUGUAGGCUUGGAUCACUCACAGAGAAAUGGUGACAGUCUGUUAGUGUCGCCCCUGCUCUGCGAGACUCUGCGCCACCCUCACCAUGAAGACGACGGCCGUGCUGGUGACGCUGCUGACGACGACCCUGGCCUGGCAGGACGACCUGGUGCCCCUCCGGACGCUGCCCCUCGAUGACGAGGACGUGCUCCGGUUCAGAGGCAACACGUCCCACAGCGACCACUUCAAACUGCUGGAGAAGGACGGCAACUCGCUCCUCAUAGGCGCAAGGAACAUCGUGUUCAACAUCAGCCUCACCGACUUCACCGAACACCGCGAGGAGCGUCUCGAGUGGUACUCGCCCGAGCACGACGUCCGACUCUGCAUCAUGAAGGGCCUCAGCGAGGAGGCGUGUCACAACUACGUGCGUGUGCUGGCCAAGAAGUCGGACGGCGAGCUGUUCGUGUGUGGCACCAACUCGUACAACCCGAAGUGUCGCAGCUACAGGAAACAGCCGGAGCUGGGCUACGUCGCUGAAGGGAACGACGUGGACGGCAAGGGAAUCUGUCCGUACGACCCGCACCACAACAGUACCGUCACAUUUGUCGAUGACCAGCUGUAUGCGGGAACGGUGGCUGAUUUUGCCGGCUCGGACCCACUCAUCUACAGACAUCCGCUCCGCACCGAACAGUUCGAGCUGAAACAGCUAAAUGCUCCCAGCUUUGUCGGGUCGAUCGACCACGGAGACUUUGUCUACUUUUUCUUCCGAGAGACGGCCGUCGAGUACAUCAACUGCGGAAAGCGUGUCUACUCGCGCGUGGCCCGCGUCUGUAAGAACGAUAAAGGUGGCUCGUACAAGUACCGAAACAAGUGGACGUCGUUCCUGAAGUCGCGGCUCAACUGCUCCAUCCCCGGAGAGUACCCGUUUUACUUCGACGAAAUCCAGUCGAUCUCGUCAGUGCAAACGGGCGUCCACGGCGGCCAGCUCGAGGACGUGCUGUACGCCGUAUUCACCACACCCGUCAACAGCAUCGCCGGCUCGGCCGUCUGCGCCUUCCGCCUGACCGACGUCAUGGACACGUUCGAGGGCAACUUCAAGCACCAGGACGACAUGAACUCCAACUGGCUGCCGACCACGCACUCGCAGGUUCCGGAGCCGAGGCCGGGACGGUGUGUCAACGACUCGCGCUCGCUGCCCGACGUCCACCUCAACUUCAUCCGGUCGCACCCGCUCAUGGACUCUGCGGUGCCGACGCUGCACGGUCAGCCGCUCCUGAUGCGGACCAGCCUCCACCAGCGCUUCACAAAGAUCGCCGUGGACCCGCAGGUCCGCGCCGCCGACGGCACCCUCUACGACGUGCUCUUCAUCGCCACAGACGACGGCCGGGUGCUGAAGGCGGUGAACGUGGCGUCUGGCGCGGCACGUCCCACUGCCGAGCCGCUGAUCGUUGAGGAGCUGGCCGUGUUCCCCACGGCGGCCACCAUCACCAACCUGCUGGUGUCGCGGCAGCCCGGCCAGCCGCCGCGGCUCAUAGUCGUUACCGACGACGAGAUCCGCGCCGUGCCGCUGUCGCGCUGCGGCGCCGGCCGCGUGGGCCACUGCUCGGCCUGCGUCCGUCUGCGGGACCCGUACUGCGCCUGGGACGAGAUGGAGCGGCUGUGCCGGCCGCUGGCCGACUGGCCGGCCGGCGUGGAACCCCUGCAGAACGUCACCGGCGGAUAUCACCCGCGCUGUCCCAGAGGCGAGGACCGCGAGCCGAAAAUUCUCUUCCAAGAGGCAACGACCGCGGCCAGUCCGAGCACCACGCAGAGCGCGCCGGUAGCGUGCGACUGCGCCGGUUCCGCCGCCGACCCCAGCACCGCCCCGGCGGCCCCCGGCGGCGAGCCGUCCGAGGAUGAGGACGAUGGAAACGAACUGGACCGGGAAAAGUACGAGGCCGACGAGGGGCAGAGGGUGCUGGACAUCGUCGAACGCACCAAGUCCUUCCAAGGAGCCGUGGCCAAAGAGUCGCGCUACUCGGGCCGACCAAGCGGCGUCUACACGGCCGAGACGCUGGCCAUCGCCGUCGUCAGCACGUGCCUUCUGGCCGUGCUGGUCGGCUUCGGCGCCGGCUGGUGCGUCUCGAGACGGUACUGGCGCGCGCGCGGCGAGCCCUACUACGAGACGCCGCACCUGGACCGCCAGUCCAGGAUGAAGCAGCUGGAAGCGGCCGCCGCCGCCGCGCACGUCGUCGUCAAACCAGACAACAGGUGCGAGCGCAACUUCCACACGGAGCCGGCGUUCCUCGUCAACAACGGCGGCAAGCAGAUCAACUUGGUGGUCAACCAGACCAAGAACAGCAACGGCAAGAACGCCAACUCGGCCGCCGACAGUAAACCGGUGCAAAAGGUGCGCAAAAUGUACUUGUAACUGGGUGCCGCCGCCCGGGCCGUGCCGCCGCCCGUGCCGGGAGGAUUGGACUGAGUUCUCAGCGUUCCCGACGGAGCAGUGCUGGACACUGAUGGAGUCGGGGGAGUGUUACGAGGUGUAGUGUCUGUUGGGGAGGCCCACGCCGCGGGUCGGCUGUGGGCCCCAGAGUGAUAUCCGAUGCUAAACCGAGCUUCCGUGGCGCGUCGCCAGCGCGCGGCUCAGCGACCUUACUGAGAUUAUCGCGGCGGCUGGCCGGCGGUCCGACGGUCCAAUGGUCCGUGGUCCACGGUCCAGUGGUCCGUGGUCCACGGUCCUGCGGUCCGCGACCCAGCCCGGCCAGCCCCGCGACUUUUUGAGCCAGCGGAAUCGCGAGUGAAUUUUGUGACUAUUUUUCUCGUCGAGCCUGUGUCCUGUAUCUUUUGUCCCGCCGUGGGGUUCGUUUCUUUUAUGGAAUUUAUUUUUAUAUAGCACGCGGGCAGCUGUGGGCGCCAUCCCCGUACAAAUGCGUGUGCGAUUUCUCGUGUACCUCCUGACUUGAGUGUGUGUGUGGUUGACUUUUUUCUCGGUUUGAGGCGCUGGUGGGACCCCUGGAUGUUUGAGUGUUUGUAUACCGCCGCUGGUCGGCCGGGCGCCGUAGGUGAUGCUUCCCGAGAUACACACACUCCUAAAGACGGGGCACAACGCUGCUGUUCAUAGCGCAUCUGUAAAUACCCAUUAAUUAUCGCGAUGUUGUAUACAUAGGUACUGAUGACGUGUUGCGUAUAAAUUGUGUCACCGAGUAUGGUCAGUCUCCCAGUUUUCUGAGCGCGGGUGCUUCUGUUUGUGUGUGUGUGUGCGUGAGGUCGCGGUGUCAGGUGCGGUGAGGGGUCUGUGUGAGUGCGAUCAUCCUGCAAAGUAUUCUCACCCCUCAUCCCGUGCUCCGGGCGUCCGGGGCACUAUUUAAGCCGCGCUGGGUCGCUCGCGCAAGUGAGGUCCGUAUCUGUGAUGACAAUGAGGGCGCCUCUAUCUGUGUGCUACUGUCGUGUACGAACGCCGCGCGCCCGGCGCCGCUCUAUACGAUCGUGUCCCGUCCGGUAUUAGGCGCGCCGGAGGAAUCCUGAAUGUACCACCGAUCAUGAAUGCUGAUAUUAGGCGAUGUCGGCGGUCGGCCGCGGGGGAGCGCUGGUCGGGCGGGUCGCCACGAGGCGUCCAGUGCCUUACAGAGGAGCGACUCGCUCCAGGCAGGGAACGGCCGAGGUCAGCGCGGCCCGAGCGGACGCAUACGGUCUACGGGAACGCGGUCGAUGUUGUGUAUUGUUCUAUAUAGUGUACAUAUCUGAAGAUUAUGAGUUGUUUAAAUACAGUGAAUGCCAUGUC